AUGGAUGUUGCCAUGUUCAUGAUGCCUGUUAAGCGAUCGGAGGAUGUCGAGGUGACUCCCAAGGCCUUGCAGUCGAGCUUUGAGCUUCGGAAAUGUGACGCCGCAGGGCCGGGCACUGUAAGAAUCUUCUGCGUCGACCACGACGCCAUGGACUCUGAGGAGGACAGGGAUGUGUGUCGUCGUGUCCGUCGCUAUGACCGGGAGGUCCACUUUGUGCGCCGCGGGGUGGGCGCCGACAAGAGCAGGCCCGUUAGGAUACGAAAAUUGCCGACUGCUUCGCCUAGUGUGUCUGUUGACCACGCUGCCGCCGCCGGCGGUGUUGGUGCAACGGAGAGCAAGUUCCGCAGCGGGCGUGGGGGAAGUACACGGCCAAGAUUCGUGACCCCGUGGCGGCGCGUGCGGGUGUGGCUCAGCACAUACAAUACCGCCGAGGAGGCGACCAAAGUGUACAACUCGGUUGCCAUCCAGAUCCGCGACACUGGCACCACCACAAACUUUUCCCUACGUCCGGACUUCCUCUGCUGUCAGGCAGGGGCGUAG